CGUAUUAAGUGGAAAGGGUGGAUACUUGAGGAUGGACUUCACUUAUGAAAGAUCAUGUGUUCCGAGGUACAAGAUGGUAGGAUCUCAUAUGCGGCACUUUAUAUGCUUUGCCAUUUCAUCCCGUAAGGCACGGAAUACAUAGGUAUAUUCAAAUCAAGGAAAAGAUAUAGACAGGAUGACGACGUUUACGAGAAUUCCUGAUGGAGAGACUCCUUCAAUUAGUAUUGAUGCGUCGAGGAGAUUGUCGAAGAUUGGUAUGUUGGAGGGAAUUCUAGAGGUCUAUUGACACGAAUUAUACUGACUUCAACUUAGAUCCUAUGAUAUAUGGAGGGUUUAUGGAGUGAGUGAUAUUUAUAUAUAUCUUCAAUAGCAAUGGUGUCGUUUGACCAUGUUGGAGCAUACAAAUAGAAGCCUAUUUCCAGGUCCUCUUUCAGCAAUCUCUCAUCCAGGAUUGCAGGACGCAGGAUUACAUGUUAUUGUCGAUGAUAUUAUUUGCUCAAAGGUCUGAGGAAUAACCAUCAGACGAAAGCACAAAGGGCUUAGAGAAGGUCCAGAUUCGAAGGGCGCCUGACGUAACGAUAUAUGCGAGUGUUGUCAUCUACUGGGGCACUGGAACUUCUCGAGUGAGGAAUUCACUGUAUCAUGUCCGUUUGAAAUAUGAAAAUUCUUUUUUCACUCUCUCGUCCUAUAUCUUUCAAGGCAUGAUUCUGUCAUGGGUUAGUGACCUGGGAAUGAAAUAUCUACAUAUCAGCCUUUGUUAUCAGUGUGGUCAAAUUUUCUCACACAAAUUAGACACAUGGGCCGUUGCAUCUACGGUGGAAUUUACGAUCCAGGAAACCCUCUCUCCGACAAACAUGGCUACCGCACCGAUGUUCUUGGCGCGCUUCGCGAACUCGAUAUUCCUGUGAUCCGUUACCCAGGUGGAAAUUUCAUCGCUACAUAUCACUGGGAAGAUGGUAUCGGACCUAGAGAAAAUCGUCCUGCUCGUCCUGAACUUGCAUGGCUAGGUACUGAGACUAACGAAUUCGGUAUUUUCCCCUCUCUUUUGUUCAUGCAUAAUUUGGCUUGGGAUGAGAACUGAUACAAACUAGGAACCGAUGAAUUUAUGCACUAUCUCAGCGUGCUCUCCGAAGGAAAGGAAAAACGGGUCGAGCCCUAUUUCUGUCUCAACAUGGGUACAGGAACAUUGACCGAAGCAUUAGCAUGGGUAGAAUACUGUAAUGGUACCCGAAAUACCUACUAUGCCAAUCUUCGACGAAAGAAUGGACACGAAGAGCCAUAUAACAUCAAAUACUGGGCAUUAGGAAACGAAGUAUGGGGGCCAUGGCAAGUUGAGCAAAUGACUGCUGAAGACUAGUAUGUUCAUUCUUUCAAUCCCUAGAGUAGUAUGAGCUAAAUAAACCCAGCGCCAAAAAAGCCCUCCAAUGGUCUAAGGCCCUCCACCUUCUCGAUCCAACUCUUCAACUAAUUCUUUGUGGCGAGACCGGUCUUUCCCCAUGGGAUCUCACCGUGCUCCUCCCCAACAUCCACCACAUAACCAUGCAUAGCAUCCACAUCUACAGUACCUCUUCAAAACAUCUUCCCAACGCCCUCUCACCCCUCCAAGCCGAAACAGCCAUUGAAUCCGCCGCCUCCCUCAUCCAAAUCGCACGCAUCCAAGCAAAAAUCCCUCCUUCCGUGCCUGUCCCAAAAAUUUGUUUCGACGAAUGGAACGUCUGGGAUCCAUUGCGUGCACCAGGAGAAGAAGGAGCCGAGGAAAAAUACACAUUAAGUGAUGCCUUGGCAGUAGGUGUAUGGUUGAAUGUUUUCAUUCGACAGAGUCGAUAUGUAGGGAUGGCGAAUUUGGCGCAGAGCGUUAAUGUAAUUUCUCCAUUGAUGACGAGUAAAAAUGGGAUUAUUAAACAGACGACUUGGUGGCCAUUGUGGUUGUAUAGUAAGUAUAUGCGUGGAUGGACGUUAGGGUUACAUGUAAGAGGUGGAGCGUACGAAGGAGUACAGGAACCAAAGUGGUUGGCGAGUGUAGUGGGAGAACAGGGAGGAGCAAGUUGGUUGGAUGUAGCGGGAAACAUUGAUGAGGAUGGAGUUAUCAGUUUAUGCGUGGUGAAUGUUAGCGAGGAGGAAAGUUUCGAAACGGAUUUAUUGGGUGUGAAGGGGGAAGUGCAGGUUUUUACUAUCACGGGUGAUAAUGUUACGGUGGUUAAUACGGCGGAAAAAGAAGAAGUGGGUGUUAAGGAAAGUAAGUGGGAUGGAAAGGGUAAAUAUACUUUUCAGAAACAUUCUCUUACGAUGUUAAGAUGGGCAACGGGGGAGAAAGUUGUAGAAGUAAAGAAGGGUGAAGGUGAGAGAUUAGAUACGAGAAAGUUGGCUUGGGCAGGUGAUAGAGAACUUGACAAGUCUUGAGUAUGCAUGGAUCCUGAAGAAUAUCAGAGCAAUUCCAAGAAAUUUGCGAGAAAAAUUCCG